AUGAUCGAUGGACUCAGGGCGAACUACAACGACUUACGGCUGCUGCGGAUAUUUGAUGCAGCCAAAAGUGACCCCAACAUGGAGAAACUGGCAGCAAAUUUGCAGAAUAAGCUCGACGCGUUGUUGGAGAAUUCAUUAUAG